AUGUCGUUCAUAGAUGGCAUUGAAACUUAUGACGCUCAUCGAAAGACCAAUUUUCAGAUGAAGGUUGUACUUCUAUGGACAGUUAGUGACUUCCCUGCUUAUGCAAUGUUGUCCGGAUGGAGCACUCAUGUUAAUUUCUUAAAAGGCAAGAAAGUGAAGGGUCAUGAAGUGCCUGUUCCAUAUCCAACCGGAGAAUAUAUUUGGGAGAAAAUCCAACAUUUUCCCACUGUAUACAACGGUACUCCCUAUGGUCCAAAUUAUAUAAAACCAAAAGGUUUUGGUAUUACACAUAACUGGGUAAAGAAGAGCAUCUUUUGGGAGCUUCCAUAUUGGCGUCACCUGUUGAUCCGACACAACCUCGAUUUGAUGCAUGUUGAGAAGAAUUUUUUUGAAAAUAUGUUUCAUAUUUCGAUGGGUACCCCAAAGUCCAAAGACAAUAUGAAGGAAAGAGAGGAUAUUGAGAUGCUAUGUGACCGACCUAUACUAAACCCCAUUAGGGAAAACAAUAGGAAGCCUAGGAAGAACCCUGGAAAGUACACAUUGACAAAGGAACAAGUUAAAAAAGACUUGUUCGAUAUGAAACGUUGUAUUGUUCAGACCAUGUGCAAGUUGGAGCAAAUAUACCCUCCUAACUUCUUUGAUUCCAUGGAACACCUGGUCAUACACUUAGCUGAUGAAGCUAUUGUUGGUGGUCCGGUACAUUACAGAUGGAUGUACCAAUACGAGAGGUUUUCGAGUGGUGGAGCUCCACUUAGCAUCUUUGUCGUCCCAUCAAGAAGAUUAUAUGAAAAAAGUGGAAAACGAAAACCCUUAAGUGAUAAAGUCCUUCACAAGGCGCACACUUACAUAUUACUUAAUUGUAAAGAAGUUAACCCUUACAUCAUCGAGUUUGAUGAAAUGGUCAUAAGAACGAAUCCAAAUGAAUCAGUUUCUGAUUUAAGAGAUAAAUACUUUGCUGAAUGGUUUGAGGACAGAAUAAUGUAUAAGACACCCGAUGGAAGUGCUAGACACUUAGAAGUUAUAGCUACGAAACCAUCGAGACAUGCUCAUUUUCAUAAUGGGUAUUUUGUAAAUGGUUAUAAGUUCCACACUCAACAAUACGGCGAGGGUCGUGCGACAAAAAACUUUGGAGUAUGUGUUAGAGGGGAGACGUAUAAUGCUGAACAAGAGUCAGACUACUACGGCAUAUUGCAAGAGAUCUUAGAGAUUGAGUAUUAUAGCAGCGGACCUUCGACUGUUGUACUAUUUAAUUGUAUUUGGUUUGAUAACAAAGACGGUGUAAUAGUCAACAAAAACAAGUUGGUCGAUGUCAAACCCAAAUCUCGACUUCAAACUGACGAUCCUUUUUGUUUGGCAUCACAAGCUGAACAAGUAUUUUAUACACCAUACCCUUCAAUGUCAAAUGAGACGAAAGAUAAAUGGGCGGUUAUCAAAACAAAACCAAGAGGGGUAUUUGAAGUCACCGAAGCUGAAAUGGAAGCAGAUGAAGUCUUUCAGGUUGAAGAACGGUUUGAGUCACCCCUUACUGUAACUCGUGUGAAACCGCUAUGCCUAGCCUCAACUAUAAAUACAUAUGAGCAAAUAUCUGAUGAAGCGAAUGAGAGAAUUGAGGAGGAAGACGAAGAAGUGGAAGAUUUUGAAGACGGAGGUGAUGAAAACGAGUUUUAUUAUUCAGAAGAAGAAUUUGAAGACGAAGAUGUUGGGGAUGAAUGUUAG